CACACACACACACACAAAAAUCCCACCCGCUUCUUUCUCUUCUCCCCCUGUUUCAGUCAGAGAAAAAACAUCCGUACAGAGCAGAAGGCGUAGGAAGGAGGAAAGAAACCAAGAAAAAGGCAGCGCAGCGGACCAAGAAAGUGAAACUGCUCGUGCUGGUGAUCGAUCCUGCCGAGAACCUUAAUUUCUCGCUCGGUCAUGGCGGGACCCGCGGAGGAGACUGCCGUCGCCGCAGUGCCCGCGACCUCGCCGGCGGACGGCGUCUCGGAGGAGACGGCGUCGCCGGCGGCAGUGGCGGCGAGGCCCCGGGGGUUUAGGCUUCUCGGGGAGGACAAGUCCGUGCACAAGGCCCUCGGUGGUGGUAAAACUGCUGAUGUAUUGUUGUGGAAAGACAAGAAGAUCUCUGCUGCAGUAAUUGGUGGUGUAACAGUCUUAUGGGUUCUGUUCGAAGUAGUUGAUUACCAUCUUCUGGCCCUGAUAUCUCAUGUGCUGAUUGGUGCACUGGCCAUCUUGUUCUUGUGGUCCAAUGCCACUGUCUUCAUCAAGAAGAGCCCUCCUGAUGUUCCCGAAGUGCAGAUAUCUGAAGAUCUUGCUGUGAAUAUUGCACGAGCAUUACGUGCUGACAUCAACAAAGCACUUCGCUUGCUUCGGGAGAUUGCUCUGGGCCAUGACCUGAUGAAGUUUCUAGGCGUGAUUGUUGCCCUCUGGAUUCUUUCGGAAAUUGGAAGUCUCUGCGACUUCCUUACCCUGAUAUAUGCUGGGGUCUUGAUGCUCCACACGGUACCGAUAUUGUACCACAAGUACCAGGAGAAGGUGGACGAUUUUGCUGGGAAGGCUCAUGCGGAGCUCUGCAAGCAGUAUCAGGUCCUGGAUGCCAAGGUUCUGAGCAAGAUUCCCAGGUCUCCACCAAAAGACAAGAAGCAGAACUAGAACAAAGAUCAGAUCAUCCUGAAACUCGACCUGGAGGAUGACAUGCAUGUUGACAUGUUUUGGUUCUGGCUUGUGCACAUCUGUCCUGUCUGUAGUUUACGUGCAAAUGGUCUGAUGCGGUUGGUGGCUUGGUGUGGGUGGGUGUACAUGUGCAUGUUUUGUUUGUUUGAUCCCAUAUGUUUCUACCAACCUGCGCCUGACUGUGGUUGUGUAGCUAUAUCGUAUACAACUAUUUUCUAUGUGCCGUGGCCCGUACAUACAUAUUCCGCAAGAACAAGUUUAUGGUUAC